GGGGACACAAGCUGAAUAAGUCACCUUUCCCAAUGAACAGAUAUACGGAGUGGGAUAUGCGUUUUUAUUCUCCAGCGAGACCUCUUCCAUCGCCCUAGUGAGCCAUUCACUGGAUUUUAAAGUGUCGUCGCUCAUUGGGGUUCAAGGAUUGAGUUUAUGUGUGGAUUAUUGGAACCCGGAGGCCCCGUUGAGUUCAGUUCAGUUGAGUUGAGUGUGUGUGUGCUGGGCAGGAGUGGGUCAGAAUGAGGCUGCUGCUGCUACUGCUCUGAGCGGGGCUUUUCGCUCUGACUCGGGUCUCUGAAGAAAUCAUAUUUACUUAUAAAACUGGACACCUCUGGAACAGUUUAUGACGACUCGGGUUGGACCGUAAUGACCGCACGCUUCCGGUUGCCUGCAGGCAGAUCCUACAAUGUCCGGGCGACGGAGCUGGCGCGCGACAGGCAGCGCACCGAGGUGGUCUGCAACGUUAUUUUUUUGGACAAUACUGUCCAGCCUUUUAAAGUCAAUAAGCACGAUCAAGGACAGAUCCUCCUGGAUGCUGUCUUUAAGCACCUGGAGCUAACCGAGAGGGACUAUUUUGGGUUGCACCUGGCCGACGAUUCCUCUGAUUGCCCGAGGUGGCUGGAUUCAAAUAAACCCAUAAGGAAGCAAUUAAAAAGGGGCUCCCCGCAUCAUCUGAACUUCCGGGUGAAAUUUUUUGUGAGUGACCCCAACAAACUUCAGGAAGAAUACACCCGGUACCAGUAUUUUCUGCAGAUUAAGCUAGACAUACUCAGUGGAAGACUGCCCUGUCCGCACAAUACUGCUGCUCUCCUGGCAUCGUACGCUGUUCAGUCUGAGCUGGGCGAUUACAGCGAGUCUGAGAAUUCGCCAGGGUACCUGUCUGAGUUCUGCUUCAUCCCAAACCAGCCCCAGAGCUUUGAAAAAGACGUCACCAAACAUCACCAGCAACACAGUGGACUUACUCCAGCACAGUCUGAAUUCAAUUACCUGAACACGGCACGAACGUUGGAGCUCUAUGGAGUUGAACUGCACUAUGCAAGGGAUCAAAGUAACACAGAGAUUUUCGUCGGGGUGAUGUCAGCUGGCAUAGCCAUCUAUAAGAACAGGGUACGAAUCAACAUCUUUCCAUGGUUGAAGAUUGUGAAAAUAUCUUUUAAAUGCAAACAGUUUUUCAUCCAGCUGAGAAAAGAGGCGAAUGAGACAAGAGAUACAAUGCUGGGUUUCAACAUGGUAAACUACAGGGCCUGCAAGAAUCUCUGGAAGGCAUGUGUGGAACACCAUACAUUUUUUCGACUGGAUCACCCUGUUCCCCCACAGAAGAACUUCUUCACACACUACUUCAGUUUGGGCUCCAAGUUUCGUUACUGUGGGAGGACGGAAGCACAAUCUGUUCAGUAUGGCAAGGAGAAGGGAAUCAAGACCAGAAUAUUUGCUAGAUCUCCAAGCAAGCCCCUGGGCAGGAAGUUGAUGGGUGUGACGGACUGGGAAGCAAUGAGCAUGAACUCAAUGUCUGAAGAAAGGCUAGAGACCCGUAGCCUGCCCACCCGCUCACCUCCUGGGACACCCAACCAUAGGAACUCCUUGUUUGUACAAGAGGGUCCUCGGCUGCGGCCCUCUUCCAUGUGUCACUUGGUGGAUCAUGUCAUCCAUGCCUCACCCAGUCUGCCUGUUUUCUCCAAUCACAAAUCAGCUUCCUCCACGCAGGCCAACAGCAUCAGCCUGGAGUCUACACCGUCUCCAGAAGGCAUUGAAGGCCUGCCCCCUGCCCUGCCACCCAAACAGUCCCGGAAGAACCUGAGCCAACUUAUACUAUCCCACUCCCAACAGGACUUAGACAACCACAUCAACGAAAUGUACAAUGUCCCCAUAGCAACAGACAAGGCCAUGCCCAAUGGAGUCAUUCCUCAUGACAAUGUUGUUCUGAUCAAGAUUAAACCAGAUGAGAACGGAAGAUUUGGGUUUAAUGUGAAGGGUGGCUCUGAUCAGAAGAUGCCCAUUAUCGUGUCUCGGGUAGCACCUGGAACAUCGGCUGAUUUAUGUGUGCCUCGUCUGAACGAAGGUGAUCAGGUUGUGCUGAUUAACGGUCGAGAUAUUUCAGAGCACACGCAUGAUCAGGUAGUCAUGUUCAUCAAGGCCAGCUGUGAGAGUCACUCGGGGGAGCUCAUCCUGUUGGUGCGCCCCAAUGCUAUCUAUGAUGUAGUUGAGGAGAAACUGGAGACCGAGCCGGAUUUUCAGUACAUCCCAGAGAAAUCUCCCACAGACCCCUCCCAUCUGGACCAGGAUGCCUGGAGGGACUCCAUGCUGCAGCUAAAAGAGGGUCUUAACAGUGGUGCAGUACUUGCUCAGUUUGAUCAACUGUACCGGAAAAGGCCAGGAAUGACAAUGUCAUGUGCCAAAUUACCUCAGAAUAUUUCCAAAAAUCGCUACAGAGACAUCUCACCUUAUGAUGCAACUAGAGUCAUCUUGAAAGGCUCAGAUGACUACAUCAAUGCAAAUUACAUCAAUAUGGAAAUCCCUGCCUCCAGUCUCAUAAACCGCUAUAUUGCCUGCCAGGGGCCACUGCCCAACACAUGCCCGGACUUCUGGCAGAUGACGUGGGAGCAGGGCUCAUCUAUGGUAGUGAUGCUUACCACUCAGGUUGAGCGAGGACGUGUGAAGUGCCAUCAGUACUGGCCUAACCCCUCAGGUAGCGCUACAUAUGGCGGCUUUCGGGUUUCCUGCCAAACGGAGGAGGGAAACUCUGCUUUCUUGGUUAGAGAUAUGACCCUUGAUCACAUUGAGAGUGGGGAGAGCCGGGAGUUGACCCAGAUCCAGUACCUAGCGUGGCCUGACCAUGGUGUACCAGAUGACUCAACGGACUUCCUGGAUUUUGUGGCUCUGGUCCGCAGUAAACGAGCUAGAAAGGAUGAGCCCGUUGUGGUCCACUGCAGUGCUGGCAUUGGUCGAACAGGAGUUCUUAUCACCAUGGAGACGGCAAUGUGUCUGAUGGAGUGCAGUCAGCCUGUGUAUCCAUUAGACACUGUGAGAACCAUGAGGGAUCAGAGGGCCAUGAUGAUUCAGACACCUAGCCAGUUCAAGUUUGUGUGUGAGGCUAUACUGAAAGUUUACGAGGAGGGCCUGGUGAAACCACUCAAGUCAACGCUGUACGAAUCAAACUAAUGUAACACCAGCUUUUCCUGAAAUUGAUGCUGAUAUUCACUGAUGGAACCUUCUCCACUUGAUAUCAUGGCUCCGUAACGGAUGCAUACCCAAAGCGGUGGAGAAAUUUCUCGAGCCAGGAACACAGGACAUAAUCCAAGCACUGCUGCACUUUACACUGGCAAAAAGACAAAAUGCCAAGCUUCAAUGAGCACAGAAAAAAAGGACAAAAAAUUUAACAAAGGUGAAUUUGGUACUUGUUGGGACUUUUUAGUGUUCAGGGUUUUGACAAAUAUAUAUGUUGAUAAUGAAUAUAGAAAAGAUUGCUAGUGCCAUAUAUAAGUGUUUAAGGGCAGGCCCGUGAAUGAAUGAAAGUGUUUUUAUAUGUGGUCACCUCAGUUAGUUAAAAGAAAAAUCCACAAGACCGUUCACGUACAGGCCUGUGCUUCAGAUGAACAUCUGUAUUUUUAUUAGGGAUAUUUAUUGUGUUUUAGUUUUAAUGCUGAGCCCUGCCCAUUGGGGAAAAAUAGUCACUACUUAGAAUUCAAGAUUGGUACUUCUUACAAAAGUGAUAGUGGAUAAUUUUUUUUCUGUUUGAUAUGUUCUCCCUUUUUUGGCACAGGGUGAAAUUAAUUUUUAUUUAUUGUGCUGUCUUACUAAAAUUGAUGCAGUCAGGAAUUUAAAAUACUUGGCAUUGCAGCUGUUUCUGAAGUGCUCCAUGUCUACAACUUAUAGAUUGGUAUCAAGCGACAAUUGAGAUACGAAACAUUUUACCAGCCACCAUUGAUCAGUUCAGUUACCAUUCAAUUUAAAGAAAUAUUUCACCCAAAAAUUAUAAUUCUCUCAUCAUUUACUCACCCUUUUGCCGUCUCAAACUAGCAUGACGUUCUUUCUUCUGUGGAACUUAAAGGAGAUGCUUUAAAGAAUGUUCACACUGGUCAUUUCCAUAAAAUCAGCAUACAGGAACAGGACAAGUAGUCCAUAUGUUUUAUGUGAUAUAAUGUUUUCUGAAGAUAUACCAUUGUUUUAUGUGAGGAAAAGAUAGAAAUUUAAAUAAGUACUGAAAAACGUUCUUAAUGUCUUAGCUCUCAAAUCUCAUUUGUGCCUCCACAUAUCGAAACUUGUCACAAUCAGUUUCAAAACACAUGAGUGCCAAUAGCACUGUUAGAAAUGACUCAUUUUAAUCAAUAUAUCGAAUAAUCCUGUUAACUCUUGGUAGGGAUACUUGAGGAGUUAUAUGUGACAUAAUCAUUUCAUGCUUCGCGGCUACCAGCAUUUUUUUCUGCCGCCCCAAACUAUUUUCUCUAACUGUGACACCAUCAUCUUUCCCCACAUUAAUGUUAUUAAUACAUAAGAGUUGCAGAGUGCCAAUGCAGUCACAAGAUCAGAGAUGUAGUAAUGAAGGUACUGUAGUACAGAGCAGAGACAAUAUAGUGAGUUUCAGCUGAAAAUUGAGCUGAGAAAGAACACGAGUCAACAGUGAAACUAUUUUAAGUGUUAGUCAUCUCCUGCACAAAAGCUUAGUUGAGUUUUAAACAAUGUUUGUGAUCAGGUAAACAUGUGAUGCCCUGUCGGUUUUUUUUUUUUAGAAAAACCCAAGAGAAAGACAAAAAGUUUGAUUAAUGUUGGAUUGUAUGCUGGAAUAAUAUAGCUUCAUUUGAAUGCUACAACAGAGAAGACAAUUUUCAGGGAAAAGUGAUUUCAAUUUGACUCGUUUCACACACAAAGCUAGGAGAGUGGGGCAUGUGGGGUAUUCCUCACAUUCUAGGGUUAUAGAAAGUGACCUUUCCACAGACUUCUUUUGAUGGUGAUCUCCAUCCAGAUUGGACUGAUCGUAAGCAACAUUCAGUGCCAUCAGGCUGCAGUAGAGCUGUUCUCUGAUCAGUAGUUUUAUGAGGAGUUUAAAGUCCAGGCUCUCAUAUAAAGAGUGUGUUGUUUAAACAGGUUGAGCUUUUUGCUCAGAUAAACUACAAAAAAUUUUAAAAAAUCUGUUCUUUGCAGGUUAGAUUUUUUUUAAUUAGUUUUAUAUUUUUAAUUUAGACUGGACUCCGGAUGCUAAAUUCAGAGGCACAAAACCAACUUGGACUGAAGAUAACAUCAGAAAUUCACACACAGAGAAUUAUUUAAAAUGAGAUCACGUUAUAAUGAACUCCUCUGCGGAAGAAUGCCUUUCACACAUUUAUGCUAUCCAAAAGCAAAUGUUCCCACAAAAAAUGAACUCCUUUACCAUUCAAAAUCAAAUGUUCUAAUAAAGGAAGUCUGUGUUACUCUUUUUGUAUGCCGCAACCGAUGUUAUAUGUACAUGUUCACAAAUAGGAGCUGUGUUUUUGUUGCCCAGUCUACACGCCUCAGAAUGUCAAAUGCAGUACUGUGUGGGGGUUCAGAAACCAUUAUAGUUUCUUGUUCUGUACAUGGUUGACCUGUUUAUAUCUUGUAACAGACUGUGGUCUAACACCUCACUGGGCAAGAACCUUGCUGUUUCAAUCAUGGUCGGCGCUCUUGUGCACAUGCAUAACGGACAUUGACAGGCCUGACUCGACACAUUAGAGCUGGUGUAUGUUUCAGACUUUUUUUUUUUUUUUUUUUGACCCUAUGAAAUCCAACAUUUUAGAAGAAGAAGAAAAAAGAAUUGGCUUCUCAUGCUAAGAUGUUUCAGUUUUCGGACAUCUUGAACAAAAAACUUAAUACAGCUUGUCUUAAAUUUGUGACCAAUUACCCAGUUUCACAGGUUAACUUUAGUUAAAUGCAGUUUCAAAUUAAUCCAUGCCUGCACACAUUGUAAGGUACUACUUCCUCAGGCAAGUAUAUAUUUUAUUUGUGGCAAUACUUGCUGGAGAAACUCAGAUUUAGGACCAAAUCAUUCCCUUCUAUGCUCAAUUUACAGUAACAUAAGAUGGCAAAAUGACAUGAAAUUUUGGAGAAACAAAAUGCAUCCCGCCUUGUGGUAAAGACAGCACUUUUUUCAACAGGCAUACAAUUACAAACUGAUUUUAAAACUUGCAAAUAAACAAGUUUUAUUUGCAGCAAAUAACAGGAAGGUCAAGCUGUGCCACUUGUCAAUUUUUAUGAAAAUAUUAUAGUGUACAAACAAUGUUGUAUAUUAAAAAGAAAAUCUUUCAAAUAAAGUGAGCUGUG